CUUUCCAAGGUUACCUCCUCCACUCACUUUGCCACAGACCUCCCAUUUCCAACCCCCACUAACUCCCACUGCCCAAGCCCCAUCCCAUUCGCCGCUUUCCUCUACCAACUGCAUUGCUUUAUCCGUUUCGUGUGUGAAGCCCAGCCCCGGUCCAACUGCGAGGACAUGAUUGGCUACCCGGGAGAUCCCAGAGGGCGCGGACGCUCUCCAGCUCUCCACCCAGGCUUAGAGCGGAGCCGGCGGCGAGCGCAGGGACACGGGCCGCGGUUCCUCCUCCCUCCCGGAGCCCCGAUGGUGAAAGCAGCCGGCAGGAAAAGCCCGAGCCGAGCAAUCCAGGGGAAGCACGGAGAGACGGUUCCAGCUGCAGCCUGGGCGAGCUCCCCUGAGGGACUGGUGCUGAACGGACAGCUCCAAGUGACUGAAGCUCAGGUUUGUUCAGCGCUGAUCGGAUCUAGAGAGAGAGAGAGAGAGAGGGGGCGGCCUGUCAAGCGUCCAGUCGGGAUUUGGGGUCUUUCACCUGUGGCCAUGGACAGUGGGAGGUUGGAAGGAUUCAGCAAGCUGUGCUUGCUCCUUGUGUCGAGCCUGACCUGGCGCCCGAGCUUGUCCCAGAGCGUCUCUCCAGCGCCGAAGCAACACACCAAUGAUAAUAUCACCAUCUUCACCCGAAUCUUGGAUGGUCUGCUGGACGGGUACGAUAACAGACUGCGGCCAGGACUAGGAGAAAGGAUCACGGAGGUUAAAACGGAUAUCUACGUUACGAGUUUUGGCCCAGUCUCAGACACUGAAAUGGAGUAUACGAUAGACGUAUUCUUCCGCCAAAGCUGGAAGGAUGAGCGCCUGAAGUUUAAGGGACCGAUGCAGCUGCUGUCUCUCAAUAACAUGCUAGCCAGUAAGAUCUGGACGCCAGACACCUUCUUUCACAAUGGCAAGAAAUCCGUAGCUCACAACAUGACCACCCCUAACAAGUUACUCCGGCUGGUGGAGGAUGGUACUUUGCUCUAUACCAUGAGGUUAACCAUUUCUGCCGAGUGUCCUAUGCAACUUGAAGAUUUUCCAAUGGAUGUUCAUGCCUGCCCCCUUAAAUUUGGAAGCUAUGCUUAUCCGACCUCAGAAGUUAUUUACACAUGGACGAACGAAACUCACAAAUCGGUGGUCGUGGCAGAAGAUGGAUCGCGUCUAAAUCAGUACGAUUUAUUAGGUCAAACUGUGGGUAGUGAACUUAUCCCUUCAAACACAGGUGAAUAUGUAAUAAUGACAGCACAUUUCCAUUUGAAGAGAAAAAUCGGUUAUUUUGUCAUUCAAACCUAUCUCCCCUGCAUUAUGACUGUUAUCUUAUCCCAGAUGUCAUUUUGGUUGAACAGAGAAUCUGUUCCAGCCAGAACAGUGUUUGGUGUAACCACAGUGCUGACAAUGACAACAUUGAGCAUUAGUGCACGGAAUUCUCUGCCAAAAGUAGCUUACGCCACUGCGAUGGACUGGUUCAUCGCUGUGUGUUACGCAUUUGUCUUUUCUGCUCUGAUUGAAUUUGCAACAGUAAAUUACUUCACCAAACGAAGCUGGGCAUGGGAUGGGAAAAAAGCAUAUGAAGCUUUUCAAUCUAAGAAAAAAGAAGCCUUGGUAAAGAAUAUGAACAAUGCUUAUGCAAUUGGAGGAAUGACCUACACCCCCAACAUUACAAAGGACCCUGUCAUCCCAAGUAUUUCAAAGAGUACAGCUGUGCAAAUGAGGGCUGAGGAAAGGGCAAUUGAAAGUAAGAAGUCUUACAACAGCGUCAGUAAGAUUGACAAAAUGGCCCGGGUUGUGUUUCCUGUUCUUUUUGGAAUAUUUAAUUUAGUUUACUGGGCAACAUAUUUGAACAGAGAUCCGGUUAUAAAAGUAGACACUGUUCCAAAUUAAACAUUCAGGAGAUUAACUGUACAGUACACUGUACUUUCACCAUAUUCAUAGGCAUCAAAGUUAACAGAGAAGAUUUUAAGAUUUUAAGACUUUUUUCAUAUUCUUUGCAUGUCAUAAACAGAUUAUGUCAGAUUUGCUUUGACAAUUUCUAUAUUUAAAUGCGAACAAAGGGCACAACAAUUUAAGAAUGCUGCAAUUAAAGAACAAUAUUGAAGUCAAUUUCUUCUGUAUGCAGGUUGAAAAUAAA